UGAAAUACCCCUCUGGUAUCGUAUUGCACUAAUAGGAUUUGCCAGCAGCCUGACACUGUUCUGGGAGACGUUCAGGCGACAAAUUAAGUUUUAGGCCUACAGACUUAUCAAUAAUGCCUGGAAGGUGCUGACCCCUGCAUUACAAACCAGGCGCAUAUAUAGACAGCUCCGGAUCUGGGGCUGAUGGAGACGCAGGCGCCUUGCGCGCAGCUGACAAGCAGACCGCAGCUAACAGAGUGACUGAAUGGAAACAUGCGGUGGUUAAUGUUUACUACUCUGAGUACGAGGCACCUGUGGCCAAAUCUUCUCUCGAAAUCGGUCGACAGAACGCCGCUGCAGCGCAUAUUUUCUGCUAAAAUGACCAUGGACACCCACUGGCUGACCCCAGCAGAGCGAGAGCAGCAGCUGCUGGAGCUGAAGGCCACAGGUUGGGUGGAGAUGGAGGAGAGAGACGCCAUCUACAAGGAGCUCACCUUCAAGACCUUUAACCAGGCAUUUGGCUUCAUGUCACGAGUAGCCCUACAAGCAGAGAGGAUGAACCAUCACCCUGAGUGGUUCAAUGUUUAUAACAAGGUCCAGAUCACAUUAACUACACACGCAUGUGGAGGCCUCUCCAAGAGGGACAUCAAACUCGCCAAGUUCAUCGAUAAAGUAGCCCUAACCAUGUAGAGUGUGUGUGUGUGUGUGUGUGUGUGUGUGUGCGCGUGUGCGUGUGUGUGAGUGUUUGUUUCUAAAUUGUGAUCCAUGUAGAGAGGCAUGGUGAUUUGGACAUUCCUGAAUGCUGCUUUCCUUUGACUGGCGCUGUCAGCUGUUUCUGGUGUACUUAAUUAAAAAUGGGAGAUCAUGCUA